CACAUGCGCAGUAGCUCCGCGGACACGGUGUCCAUAAAGUUUUGUUGAAAGUCAGCGGCAAGAUGGCGGCGCCCAGGGAGUGAGGUGUCUGAUUGUGCAGAAGGUGAUGGCUGUCUUGUGGAAUAUGGGACUUUUCUCUGCCUGCUUGAAGAAACAUUCUUGUGGCUGGAGCUGUCUACUUGGUCAGUACGGAAGGCGGGUGCUGGUCCAUGGCAGAAACCUCUCCAGUCACGCAGGAACAUGGGAGAAAGAAUAUAGAACAGAGACGAGAAAACGCGUUGAGAAACACUGGCCCUCUCGACUAAAGGAGCAAUUCCCCGUGAUUUCCGAAAUGGGCAAGUCAAAGCCAAAAUGUUACGUCCUUUCCAUGUUCCCGUACCCUUCUGGGAAGCUUCACAUGGGACAUGUGCGAGUGUACACUAUAAGUGACACAAUGGCCCAUUUCCAACGAAUGCGUGGAUUUCAGGUUCUGCACCCAAUGGGAUGGGAUGCAUUUGGUUUGCCUGCAGAAAAUGCUGCAAUUGAGCGAGGCCUGGAUCCUGAAGAGUGGACGAGAAGUAAUAUUGCACACAUGAAAGAGCAGCUUCAGAACCUUGGCCUAUGUUUUGACUGGCAGAAGGAGGUGGCCACCUGUCAUCCUGACUAUUACAAAUGGACCCAGUCCUUGUUUCUCAAACUGCAUGCAGCUGGCUUGGCUUACCAAAAGGAAGGCCUGGUGAACUGGGAUCCUGUGGAUCAGACGGUGUUAGCAGAUGAGCAAGUGGAUGAGAAUGGCUGCUCUUGGCGUUCUGGGGCUAAAGUUGAGCAGAGGUACCUCAAGCAGUGGUUCAUUAAGACGACAAACUAUGCAAAGUCCUUGCUGGAUGCACUGGAAGACCUUCCUGAUUGGUAUGGUGUCAAAGAAAUGCAAGCAAACUGGAUUGGGUCUUGCACUGGAUGCUACUUUGACUUUGAGUUGAAGGUAAAUGGGCAACAAGUUGGUGAAAGGCUCCCUGCUUACGCCGCCAGCCCAGAGGCAGUUUAUGGUGCAUCUCAUCUCUCUAUCCUGCCUAACCACAGACUGUUAGACACUGAUAGUCACCUGAGAGACAUUCUUCAACAGUGUCUUGUACCUAACACAGACUGCCAGACUCCAGUGACGGGGGUGAACCUUUUAAAUGGUCAGGAGAUUCCUGUCGUAAUUUCAGCCAAGCCAGAGUUUGAGGGUUAUUUAGAUACGGUCAUAGGUAUUCCCAGCCUCAGCCAGGAGGACGCAGCAGUAGCGAAAAGGCUGGGUCUGAAAUGGCGAGAUGUAUUUGAAACCCUUCCCGAUGGCACCGAGCGUUUGCAAAAUUGUGAUGAGUUCACAGGACUUGAUAGACAAUCUGCAACUCAGGCCAUUUUGAAACGUGCGAGAGACCUUGGAAUCGGUGGCUACCUCACCAGCCCGAAGAUGCGUGACUGGUUGAUAUCCCGGCAGCGUUACUGGGGCACCCCUAUUCCCAUCGUCCAUUGCCAAUCCUGCGGUCCCGUUCCUGUCCCUCAUGAGGAUCUGCCUGUGCUUUUACCUAAGAUUAAGUCGUUUACAGCUAAAGGAUUCUCCCCUCUAACUACAGCAGCUGAGUGGUUCAGUUGUACUUGUCCUCAAUGUAAAGGCCCUGCCCAGAGAGAGACUGACACCAUGGAUACCUUUGUGGACUCAGCUUGGUAUUACUACAGAUACACUGACUCUCAUAAUAAAGAAAAGCCCUUCGACAAGGCAGCAGCUGAUUUCUGGAUGCCUGUAGAUCUGUACAUUGGAGGCAAGGAACACGCCGUCAUGCAUCUGUACUACGCAAGGUUUAUUAGUCAUUUCUGCAAUGAUCAAAACAUGGUCAAAUACAGGGAACCUUUUCACAAACUCCUUGUGCAAGGGCUCAUCAAGGGGAAAACUUUUCGUUUACCAUCAAGUGGCCGAUAUGUAAAGAAAGAGGAAAUAAAUUUUGAUGGUCCUGACCCUCUCCAUGCGGGCACUUGUGAAAAAUUGCAGAUCACCUGGGAAAAAAUGAGCAAGUCCAAACACAAUGGCGUCGACCCAGCAGAAAUGAUCCAGAAGUAUGGGAUUGACACUGUACGCCUGUACAUCCUGUAUGCAGCCCCUCCUCAACAGGAUAUUCUGUGGGACGUUAAAACGGAUACCAUUCCUGGAGUACUGAGGUGGCAAGUCCGACUGUGGGCUCUGGUAACAAAGCUGAUCGCUGCUCGCAGUGCGGGAGUGACCCCUAGUACUGACCUGCUGAACAAAAACGAGAAAGACGAAGCCAAGAAAAUAUGGCAGUUCAAAAACUACACCGUGUCACAGGUAACUGCUUACAUGACAGAGGAUUUCCUGCUGAAUGCUGCAAUCGCCCGGCUAAUGGGCCUCACAAAUGCUUUAUCACAAGUAUCUCCACAAGUGAGACUGCACAGCGCCGAGUAUGAAGAUGCACUGGCUGCCUUGUGUAUUAUGACUGCUCCCAUGGUCCCAUACCUUGCGUCAGAGUUGUGGAGAGGUCUUUCCAGUGUCCAGAACAAGCUGACCAGUCACUAUCAGUGGGACACGGAUGUGCUGUUUCAACAGUGGCCAAAGGUGGACCCAGUCUAUCUUCAGCAGCCAGACACCGUGACGAUGGUUAUCAGGAUCAACAACCAGGUUUGUGGCUCGGUGAACCUUCCUCAACGCGUCGUCCAGAAUAUUGAGAGAGUGCAGGAGCUCAUCCUUCAAAGUGAACUGGGCAUCAAACAGCUGCAGGGACGGGUCAUCAAGAAAGCCAUCCUGUCUCCCAGAGCCGCCCUCAUCAAUUUCCUCGUGGAAGAAUAAAGAGGAAUAAUGGAGCUGCUUAUGUUUUCAAAAGAUUCUGCUGUCCUGGACUUGCACUUAUGGUGACGUGAAGCCUAACAAUUGACACCACAGCCUCAUUAUUUUAAGGAAUGAAUGUCACACAGAAGCUGUGCACUGGAACUCCUAAUUAAGACAGACAUUGUGUCUCACAGUUACUCCUCUGAACUCCUAACUCCUAACCUAUCUUUGAAGGUUGAGAGUGACGAAGCAGAGUCGCUGAUUCAGAUUGGAAUGCUCCUGACAAUGACACAAACCAUUCAAGCCGUCAGGAAAGGCCGGGUGGUUGUAGAAGAGUUGGCAGCAGUGAAAUGGGGACUAAGUUACUGAACCAUGUCGUCGAAAGUGUUCUGGCCUCCUCCUCUUCCUCCGAAGGAAUUACUAUGAAAACUGUUGGUCUGCACCUAUUUUACGUUCCGAUCACCUUCAGUUUUUUUGGGAAAUGAAUAAAUCUCGUCUAAAUGUGAUAAAA